AGUGAAUCUCUCUCAUAUCGUAACGACUUUUGGGUUUUAUUUGUCAUCGUCUCUUUCUCUAGAGACAUAAAAAGCAGCUGCGAAGAUCUCUGUUGCUGGGUCUCAAGUCAGCUUUUACCGAAGGAUCGAAUAAUACUACUCGUUGAGGUUGAUACUCGCCUUUGGUUCUGUUCAAAUGCCUUCUGCCCUUUCACCUCAGUGGCAAGAGAAGGCCAGUGGUUUCUUUUCUUCCUCAGGGGUCAAAUUUAAAGAGGCCAGGGAGUCAGCAGGAGCAUUUGUGGGUGAGGUCACAAAGGAUGCAAAGAGUAACGUUACUGAUGUGGCAGAGCGAGUUGGUUCAGUGGUCAAAAGUCGAUGGGCAAUUCUUCAGCAGCCAUCAACAAGACAUGCUGUCCAGGACCGAUUGAUAACAGCUGCCGCUACAACUGGUACAUUGUUAAGGAGAAGCUUGUCGGGGACAAAGGAUAAGGUGGCAGUUGGGAAAACAAAAGUUGAAGAGGUUGCAAAGAAAACAGCGCAGAAGAGCAAGACAAUAUUGACUGACAUCGAGAGAUGGCAGAAGGGAGUUGCAAGUACUGACGUAUUUGGAGUUCCUAUUGAGAUUACUGUACAGAGGCAUGAAUCUAACCGACCUGUUCCUCAGAUAUUGGUCAAAUGCGCAGAUUAUCUUAUACUGUCAGGGUUAAACUCCCCCUAUCUCUUUAAAUCUGAAGGGGAUAAAAAGGUUAUUCAACAGUUGGUUUCCUUAUAUAACCAAGAUUUAGCUGCAUCAGUACCCGAAGGUACAAGCCCAGUUGAUGUAGCAGCUCUUGUCAAAUAUUAUCUUGCUAGCCUUCCUGAGCCCCUUACCACACUGGAGCUUUAUAAUGAGAUAAAAUGUGCUCGAUCCAGUGUGCAUUCCAUGAGAAACAUAUUGAAGAAGCUCCCCAGUGUAAAUUACAUGACUCUAGAGUAUGUAACUGCACUGCUCCUUCGUGUGAGCCAGAAGUCACUACUCAAUAAGAUGGAUGCUCACAGCCUUGCUAUGGAAAUGGCACCUGUUAUUAUGUGGCAAAAGGGGUCGAAUCCUGAAUUGUAUCGUCAUUAUUGGAAUCAAUUGUCCAAACGUCCUUCCAACAAGAGCUUGGAUCCACCACCUGGUGCUUCCUGGGACAUGCUUAAUGAUGAGGGUGAGGGCAUGGAUGCAUCCUCUCACAUUCCUUUGGACGAUGGCACUCCAGUUGACUUUGCUGCGAUAGAGGUUGUUCAAUACCUAAUCGAACAUCAUAAUGCAAUUUUCACCGAUGCGAAUGAAACGGUGUGGAGAUGAAAAACACUGACCCUCCUUCUGCACCGGAUUCAAUGAUGUGAAUAUCAUAGCCUCUUUUUUGUUUUCCCCCUCCUUCAACCUUGAAGUUCCUCCCCAAGCUGGUCAAGAUCAUCAAAUUAGAAGCUAUAUUUUUGAAGUUGGAUGAAGAUCAUCAGUCCGGGGAAGGAUUUUGGAUGCUGGUGUGGAGGUGAAGUGAUGGAGUAAUUCUGAUUUUCUUAGUUCUCUUGUUUCCAGUCUGGAGUUUCAUAGUCUUUUUUGUUUAUAGUUGUGCAGGUUUUACUUAAGAAGGAAUAAAAAGAAGGGAUGUUACUACUUUUCAUGUAUGUCUUGCUUGAGAAAUUGGAGAAUUGCACUGAUUAUCCUGAACAAUACAUCACUUUGACGUGUUAUCGUGGCUUUUUUUCUAGGAUUGAUAAUGAUAUGUGAUUAUUGUUCAUAGUCAAUGAAUAGAUCGACUGAUUUUAGCUGAUAAUAACGGUCUAUUUGGUGCACGUUUUAAUAAACAUAGAUUAUCAUUUA